AUGUUUGAUAAUAAUGUACCUAACAUUUGUUGGGAUGGUUUUAGUGAAACAGAUGAUUUACACUUGGAUUUUGAGAAAGAUGAUUUAUCAAUUUCAGAUGUUGUGUAUGAUAAUUCAAUUAUAAAUGAAAAUCCAAAAGUAACAGUGUUUGAUGCUGUGUGUGGUUCAGGUAAAACUAAUCAUUUAAUACAGAAAAUCAAAGAAUCAGAUUUUAACAGAAAGUUCUUGUAUAUUGUUCCUGUUAUUGAUGAAUGUCAUCGUGUUGCUGGAACUAAGUAUGAAGAAGAUGAUUUGUUCAAAAGACCUAUUCUUGAGGAAAAUAGUAAAAUAAGCUAUGCUUAUGAUAAUAAUCACCCGCUGUUUAACAGAAAAUUCAAACAUCCAGACUAUAAAGGAGGUAAUAAAGAACAAAAUCUUAAAACUCUUAUGAACAAUAAACAGAAUAUUGUUAGUACACAUCAGUUGUUCAGCAAAUUAACUAAAGAUACCCUAGUUAAUUCAAAGGAAUAUACUUUGAUUAUUGAUGAAACAAUAUCUGUGUUUCAAUAUUAUUCUGGUGUAACUGUAAAAGAAACUAGACUUCUUUUUAAGAAGAAACUUCUUUCUGUGGCAGAGGAUGGUUUUACACUUGUGUUUAACAAAGAAAAUUUUGGUAGAGAUGACUCAACAACCGAUGGAACUAAAUAUGAAGAGUUAGCUAGAUUAUGUAAUGCUAGACAAUUAGCUGUUAUUGAUCAAAGUUAUGUUAUAUGGAUGCUAGACAUUGAACUUAUUAAGUCUUUUAAGGAAGUCUGGGUUUCAACGUAUAUGUUUCAAGGAAGUCAAAUGGACUCUUUGUUUAAGAAACAUAAAAUUAGUUAUGAAAUAGUAAAUUUUGGCAAAUCACCAAAAGAUUUUCUUAAAUUAAUUAAUAUUCAUGGAGUGAAAGAUAAUUCUUCAUUUAAUUCUAUGAUUGAAUCAAGAAAAAAUAAAUUAAAUUUGUGUGGUGAAAGGUGGUUCAGCUUAUCAUCUUCACAUUUUUCAAAAGAUGGUGAUUCUAUCUGUGAAAAUCUGCGUAAAAAUUUAGGAAAUUUUAAUAGGCAUGUAACUAAAUCACCAAAAAAGAUUUUUAGGUUUCAUACUGUAUUUAAAGACUAUGAUCAUAAGGUUUCUGGGAAAAAUUAUAGUAAUGAAUGGUUGCCAUACAAUAUUAAAGCGACUAACUCAUAUAAUCAAUGCCACUGUCUAGCAUAUAUGCUUAAUCUAUUCGUACAGCCAGCUAUAACAAGAUUGUGUCAUAAAAUGGGUUAUCCUAUAUCAGAGGAGCAAUUUGCCGUGAGUGAGCUUAUACAGUGGAUAUACAGAAGUAGAAUUAGGAAUGGUGAAGUGGUUGAUUUAUAUAUUCCAUCUGCUAGAAUGAGAGAGUUACUUAUUUGUUGGAUGAAUGAGUGGGAAUUUGAAAAACUAGAUACAUUUAAAAGGUAUGAUUAA